AUGACGGACGAGAAGCUCGCCCACGGCAUCAGCGACAAGCCCGCCGGCGACGUCGCCAACCCGGACGUCGAGACGGGCCAGUCCGACGAGGGCCUGAAGCGCGAGCUGCACUCGCGCCACCUGCAGUUCAUCGCCAUCGGCGCCGCCCUGGGCACGGGACUCUUCCUGGGCAUCGGCGGCGCCCUGUCCAAGGCCGGCCCGGGCUCGCUCUUCAUCUCGUUCCUGUUCCUCGGCUCCGUCGUCUACUCCAUCAUGACGGCGCUGGGCGAGAUGGCGUCGUACAUCCCCGUCACGGGAGCCUUCACCGUGUACGCCUCGCGCUUCAUCGACCCGACGCUGGGCUUCGCCAUGGGUUGGAUCUACUGGUUCAGCUGGGUCAUCACCAUUGGCCUCGAGCUGACGGCCAGCGGCCUCAUCAUCCAGUACUGGACCGAGUCCGUCAGCAUCGGCGUCUGGAUCGCCAUCUUCUGGGUCGUCUUCACGGCUGCGCAGUUCCUGCCCACGUUUGUCUUUGGCGAGAUGGAGGCGUACCUGUCGAGCAUCAAGGUCAUCACCAUCAUCGGCUUCGUCAUCUUCGGCAUCUGCGUCAACGCGGGCGUCGGCGACCAGGGCUACAUCGGCUUCAAGUACUGGCGCGAGCCCGGCGCCUUCGCCGAGUACAUGGUCGACGGCGCGAUUGGCAAGUUCGUCGGCUUCUGGACGGUGCUCGUGACGGCGGGAUUCAGCUUCCAGGGCACGGAGCUGGUGGUGGUCGGCGCGGGCGAGACGGCGAACCCGCGCACGGCGAUCCCGUCGGCCAUCCGCUGGACCUUCUGGGCCGUGUUCCUGCUCUUCAACUGCACCGUCUUCUUCGUCGGCAUCAAUGUGCCCUACGACAACCCGGACCUGCAGAACGGGUCGACCAACGCGUCGGCGUCGCCGCUCGUCAUCGUCGCCAAGCUGGCCGGCAUCCAGGCGCUGCCGUCCAUCAUCAACGCCGUGCUGCUGACGGCCGUCCUGUCCGCCGCCAACUCGGACAUCUACUCGAGCAGCCGCAUCCUCGUCGCCAUGGCCGGCGAGGGCCACGCGCCCGCCUUCUUCUCCCGCACAAACCGCUACGGCACCCCCUACUGGGCCGUCGCCUGCUGCUCUGCCUUUGGCCUGCUGGCCUUCCUCAACCUCAGCAAUAAUGGUACUGUCGUCUUCAACUGGCUGCUCAACAUCACCGCCGUCGCCGGCUUCAUCAGCUGGGCCCUGAUCAAUCUGUGCCACAUCCGCUUCAUGCGCGUCCUCAAGUACCAGAACAUUCCCCGCGACGAGCUGCCCUACAAGGCGCCCUUCCAGCCGUACCUCUCGUGGUUCGGCUUCUUCUUCAACGUCUUGAUUCUGUUGACCAACGGCUUCACCGUGUUUAUCGACUGGGACACGAGCACCUUU